GUGCAGAAUUCUUUGCUGCUGAUGUGUGAGGAGGGAGCAGCCUGGGCGUCGUGUCCCUCCUGAGCCUCAGACAAUCCUCUCUCUCCCUUAAAGGCUCCCAGCCUGGACCUGGAACAUGUAAUGUAAAGAAUCCCUCCUGCUGCUUUACUCGCCAUAUUCCGGAUACACAGGAGCGCCAACGUAUUCCGCCGUGCAUCGUCUCCGCUGUCAAUCAAAGCUGCAAAGUGCAAAAGGAAGGGCUCUGACUGCACCUUAAGAUCCCCGUCGGAGUUGGGUUUCCAGAAGUACAAACACUCCUUCUGAUGGCGUCCAAACUCCUGCGAGCUGUCAUUCUGGGACCCCCGGGAUCUGGCAAAGGGACCGUGUGCCAAAGGAUCGCCAAGAACUUCGGGCUGCAGCAUCUGUCCAGCGGAGAUUUCCUGAGACAGAACAUCCGAUCCAACACUGAAGCCGGAGUGUUAGCCAAGCAGUAUAUGCAACAAGGUCUCCCCGUCCCCGAUGAGCUCAUCACCCGGGUCAUGCUGUCGGAGUUAGAGAAGAAGAGGACGCACAGCUGGCUGCUAGACGGGUUUCCCAGGACGGUGGUGCAGGCGGAGGCCCUUGAUAAGAUUUGUGACCUGGACCUGGUGAUCACAUUGAACAUCCCCUUUGAGACCCUGAAGGAUCGUCUGAACACGCGGUGGGUUCACCUGCCGAGCGGAAGAGUCUACAACCUGGAAUUCAACCCUCCCCAAGUGCACGGCAUCGAUGAUGUCACCGGGGAGCAACUGGUCCAGCAGGAGGACGACAAGCCGGAGGCGGUGGUCGCCAGACUGCGCCAAUACAAAGAUGUUGCCAAACCGGUGAUGGAGCGAUAUAAGAGUAAAGGAGUUCUCCACACAUUCUCAGGAACCGAGACGAACAGAAUCUGGCCGUACAUCUACACGCUCAUGAGCACCAGAAUUACGCCGGUACACCCCGAGGACACCAGCCAAGCCUUCCGCCCGGAGGACCCAUAGGCACCCUGGUUAUUUAUUGUUGUCCGUGUGCGGUAUCCACGUGGUGCUACGUCCUCCAUAUAGGUGACUCGUUUAUGCCGUAUGUUUUUUUGUUACGUUUUCUUCUCUUUCAGGAGCUUUAGGCGAUGACGUCCAAAUGUUUUCGUUCAGGGCAUCGACACAAAACGUCAACCAAAUAAACUCUCCUCUGCAAUUAUUUGAUAUUUUUCGUACAUAUCUUAUAUGACGUAUCGAUUAUUAGUGGCCUUGUGACCUUUAUAUUAUCCUGUAUUUUUGUGAAGAAAAAAAAAUAUAUAUAUAUGUCAGAGUUUCUUUUCUUUUUUUUUUUGUAUAAGACGUAAAGUGUUAUAAUAAUAGACAAUGGGCCCCAUGUAUCAAAACAUUAUCGGAGGGAGAAGCGGGGACCAAUCAGAGUUCAGCUUUGUAUUUGGGAAACUGAAUGUGGACUCUUGAUUGGUCACCACGGGCAAGGUGGCUGCUUUGUUUCCGAGACCUAUUGUACCUUAUACAAACCAAAGACGGUCAGAGAUUACGCAAUGGCGCAACGGGGCAGAUCUGUCGAUAUUGACGCAGGGUGUAACUCUUUACAUUUUCAAAAAGUUUUGACUUGUCGUAGUGACAUUCUUUGUGUCUCCAGCUGUUGCGAAACUACAAUUAAAGGCAUUCUGGGCAUGCUGGGAGUUGCAGUUUUUGAACAGCUGGAAGUACCCUGGUUGUGAACGAUUGGGAUGUGAGUGUUCAGACCCUAACCGGUAACGAGAAUCUCGCUUAGCACAUUCUUUCCCGGCUCUGUGUCAUGUGACUUGCAAUGUAAGUCUAUGGGAUUGUCUCGGUUGCCGACACAGAUAGGAGGAGAAGAGCUCAGCUGUGCGCUUCUCUCCCCCAUCAUUUUAGAAAUAGGUUGUGGUCCAAACACUCAGACCCCGACCAAUUAAAAUUUUUCACAUGUUGUAAAGAUGUUUUGUAUCAGUCGGAAUCUGAGAUUGUUCUAGAUAUAGCAGGGAGAAGUGUGCAGCUGUGCGCUUCUCUCCCCGGCUCCCUGAAAUCUCUACAAGAUGAACCACAUAAACUUAUAAUGGCGCUUGUCUUGUGCUGUAAGGGAGAGUGAAGUGCUUAAAGGGGUACUCCGGUAAAAAACAUCUUAUCCCCUAAGGAUAAGGGGAUAAGGUGCCUGAUCGCGGGGGUCCUGCUGCUGGGGACCCCAUGCAAUCUCCGGUUCAGCUACCUGGUCAUCCGUGCACGGAGAAAACUCCGUUCCGUGCCGGAUGACUGUUGACUACAGCUGCCACGUCCCCUCUAGUCAUGUCUAUUGGAGGAGGCGUGAUGGCUACGUAGUAGCCGUCACGCCCCCUCCCAUAGACAUGAAUGGAGGGGGCGUGGCAUGACAUCACGAACACAGAAGCUCCAAGCUUCCGUGUUCCAUAUGCCGCCGCUGCCAGCUCGGAGAUCGCAGGGGUCCCCAGCGGUGGGAUUCCCGUGAUGUGACAUCUUAUCCCCUAUCUUUGUUGAUGUUUUUCGCCGGAGUACCCCUUUAAGGCACCCUUCCUCCUGGCUAUAUCUAGGGAUCGGUGAGGGUCACGAGAACUAAUCGGGAGAAUGUUUUCUCCUAGCUCUGUGGCACGUGACCUGGACAGACUAAGGAAAGUAUAAAGGGGUCGUCUAGGUCUCAUAGACACAGAGUUGGGAGAGAAGCAUUCUGGUCAUUGGUAGGUGUCUUCACAGUAAGACCCCAACCGAUGUAAACUUCUUACAUGUCCCUACCAAAUUCUAAAAGUUUUUUUUUUUUAAUGACUGGUACAAUUUAAAGAGGUACUCCCGUGGAAACUUUUUUUAAAUUUUUUUUUUUAAAUCAACUGGUGCCAGAAAGAUAAACAUA